AUGCAUCUACCACCGCAGAAGUUUGCUAGUAAAGUUUUGGAUACUCCAAUUGAAACUGAAAAGGAUGUAAAUAUUUUCAAACAAUCAACUGAUCCCACACCCGAUCAGAUGGAUUCUCUCAUUGCUCAACUUCAGUCAACUGCAAAGAAACCUCCCCAAGCGGUUCCUAUUAUUUCUGAUUCUCCAUCUGAGAGUGAUAAAAUUGAUUCAGACACCUCCUUAUUGCCAAGCCCUACUGAAGAACUAAUACUAUUUUCUCAAGGUGAUCUAGGCCCUAUUGUAGAACCAGCCCAGGUCUUUCAAGAUGAUCCAGGUCUUUCUAUGGAGCAAGCCCAAGUCGUUCAAAAGGAUGCUGAGAGCCUGAUUGUCGAACCAGCCCAGGUUCAGGAUAAUGUUCAAAGUCUAGUUUUUGGGGAAGGUUUUGAUUUUCUGACCAAUGAAGAAACGUUCGCCUCAGGAAGUUCCUCCGCUCCAUCACUUCCAGAGCAUGAUGCCGCUUCUGUUAAGUUAGCCAAGAUACUUUCUUUUCAAGAUUCUAUUUCUCAAUCCAAAGGAAAAGGAAUAUCUAUCGGCUCUGGACAAGGGAGUGAUGAAGAUUCUCAUCAAAUUAUCUCUGAACUCAAACAGGAGAUUGUGUCCAUGAGGCAUGAAUCUUUAGAGAAGGACUUUUUAAUUGGUGUAAGUGAGAGGGUUGUUAGACCUGCUCCAUACGCAAAUCUUGAUACUUUUUUAUCUUCUGGUCCUUCUUCUGCUCAAGAAAGGAGAGAUAAGCAAGCACGAAUUGAGGAGCUGAAGGGGAAGAUGUUAGUUAUAAAGCAUUCAGAUCAGAAUGUUUCAGGUGAUCACCCUAAAAUGUUUUUAAGGGAGACUGGAAAGGAUUUUACUGACAAGUUGUGA